AUGAGGUUCUUAUCAUUAGUCCCCGCGCUGGCCUACAUGGCAACAGCAAUUCCUGUUCCACCAGAAUUCGGACCCUCAAACCUCAACGAGGGAGUUACCCUAAACAUCCCCGACGCGGUCUAUCCUAUCGAAUCAACGGCGAUUCCUGCAAACAUUGGAUUGCCGAUAGUGCCACAUCCUCUGCUGCCAAACCAGACAGCGCUUAAAGCGGUCUACCAGAAUGAGACAGGACAGUGCACGUACUCGAAUGCAGUGGUCCGCAAGGAAUGGAGUUCUCUCACCAAGGUUCAGCGCAAGCAGUACAUCGACGCUCUCAAGUGUUUGAUGGACAAGCCUUCUGUUGUAAUUGGUGUUCCCGCCACUCAGUCCUACUACUCCGACUUUGCCUUUUUGCAUAUCAAUUAUGCUCGGUUUACCCAUUUCAACGGCAAUUUCUUGUCGUGGCACCGACAUCAUGUCUGGCUAUUUGAGCAGGCUCUUCACGGCUGCGGUUUCCCCAAGGGUCUUGGUGUUCCAUACAUGCAUUGGCCUAUGUACGGAGAAUACGGCUUUGAGAACAGUACUAUUUUCGACGAGAGUGAGUACAGUCUCGGUGGCAAUGGUUGGCCAGACUUGACGCGCGACGGCAAUGAUCGUCGAGUUCCCCAUGGCUCUGGCGGUGGCUGCGUUAUGAGGGGUCCUUUCCAUGAUAUGGUUCUCAACUUCCAGUCUUUCUACGACAGAUACGCCCUUUCCGGCUUGCCCACUAACUGGAGCCAACCUGUUCAACGCUGCUUGGAUCGUGAUUUCAAUCAAUGGAUCCUGCGUAACCAGAUCAAUCAGGAUAUUUAUGAUGGUGCUAUUGCCCAGCCUAGUCUUCCAGCUUUCCAGAACUUCUCGGAUAAUCCCUUCUCUUCCUUUGCCAUUCAUGUUGGUGGACACGCGGCUGUUGGUAUGACCAUGAACGAUCUUUUUGGAGGAACCAUCGACCCAUCUUUCUGGCUGCACCAUUCCGGUAUGGAUCGUCUAUGGGAGCGAUGGCAAGAACAGGACCCAGCACGAAGAGACACAUACCACGGAACUGAUGUAGUGUACAAUGCUGGUGGAAACCCAGUCAAUGCCAGCAGCGUGAUUGAAUUCAGUACAGUGGGACCUAGAAUUACUUUGGGUGAGGUCAAGGAUCCCAUGUCUGGUCCUUACUGUUACAGAUUUGAGGAGCCAACCUGUUGGGACGGCCGCGGUUGCCCAUGGCUUCCAGGUCACUAA